UAGAUCGACGUUCUCGGGAAAGUAAAGUCUAGGAUCUUUCACCUUUCUUUUUUAAUCGAUACAGUUACGGUAGUAGCGGCGAACUUCAAGAAGUCCGCAUACGGCAAGAUGGCUGGUGCCAUAGUGCGUUGUUUUCAGAUCCCGAGGAGACAAUUAGGUCUCCUUGGAGUGACGUCGAGUAACCAGCAGCAAAGAACGCUUGCCGAUGCCGCGCCGGAAGGAAAGAAAAGGGGUGGGCCCCUGGCCGACCAGGACCGUAUCUUCACAAAUUUGUACGGCAGACACGAUUGGAGGUUGAAGGGUGCCAUGAAGAGGGGCGAUUGGUACAAAACCAAGGAAAUCUUGAAUAAGGGUGCCGACUGGAUCAUCAAUGAGAUCAAGGUCUCUGGUUUGAGAGGUCGUGGGGGCGCCGGUUUUCCAUCCGGCAUGAAAUGGUCUUUCAUGAACAAGCCAGCCGAUGGAAGGCCAAAGUAUUUGGUAGUGAACGGAGACGAAGGGGAACCUGGAACAUGUAAAGAUCGCGAGAUCCUACGUCACGACCCUCACAAGCUGGUGGAGGGUUGCCUCAUUGCUGGUCGUGCGAUGGGAGCUUGCGCCGCAUACAUCUACAUUCGUGGUGAAUUUUACAACGAGGCGUCCAACAUGCAAGUGGCCAUCGCUGAAGCUUACCAAGCCGGUCUUAUCGGAAAGAAUGCCUGUGGUUCUGGUUAUGAUUUUGAUAUCUAUGUGCAACGUGGAGCUGGAGCGUACAUCUGUGGAGAGGAGACGGCUCUUAUCGAAUCUAUCGAGGGGAAACAGGGAAAGCCCAGACUAAAACCUCCUUUCCCGGCCGACGUUGGCUUGUUUGGUUGCCCGACCACCGUCACUAAUGUCGAAACGGUCGCUGUGGCUCCUACCAUUUGCCGACGAGGUGGACCUUGGUUUGCGUCAUUCGGUCGGCCACGUAAUCACGGGACUAAAUUGUUCAACAUCUCCGGACACGUGAAUAACCCAUGCACCGUGGAGGAGGAAAUGUCCAUUCCUUUGAAAGAGCUCAUCGAAAGGCAUGCGGGAGGGGUAAUCGGUGGAUGGGACAAUUUGAUGGGUGUAAUUCCUGGUGGAUCUUCCACCCCUGUCAUACCCAAAAGCGUUUGCGAUACAGUAUUGUUAGACUUCGACGAUCUUGUAAGGGUGCAGACUUCCUUUGGUACAGCAGCUGUGAUCGUCAUGAAUAAACAAACCGAUAUAAUCAAGGCCAUCACGCGUUUGAUCAGCUUCUACAAGCACGAAUCUUGUGGACAGUGUACACCGUGCCGCGAAGGAAUCAGCUGGAUGUUCAAAAUCCUCAAACGGUUCGUGGAUGGAAAAGCGGAACAGCACGAGAUAGAUAUGCUGUGGGAGCUGACCAAACAGAUCGAACUGCACACCAUCUGCGCAUUGGCGGAUGGUGCCGCGUGGCCGGUGCAGGGUCUGAUCAGACAUUUCAGGCCGGAAAUAGAAGCGCGUAUUCAGGAGCGUAAUCGAGCCGUUUCCAAUUAGAGAACUAAAGGUAGACGCUAGACAAGUCGAAUUUUCUACAUUUAUUACACGUCGAACGUGCGAAAGGAAGAAAGUGCGGGCUGUAUAAACCUUGUAAGAUUUUCUAUUUAUUUUCAGUGUACAUAUGCGAAUCCACGCGCCGUGUAGUCUCAUUUCCUAUGUAAUUACGCCGGACCCUGGUUUAAUCUGAACGGUUCGGCGAAUAAAACUAAUAGAAAGAUGAAA